AGGCUCCCCUCGUUAAAAAUGAUUUACGUAGUCUUAGGAAGAAUAAGAAGUUUUCCAGAAGAUGCAUUUCGUGGUUUGAAUAGACUCAAAUCUUUAUACCUCUUCUACAAUCGUUUAGAGGAUCUUCCGGAAACUCUUUUCUACGAAUUGAAAUCUCUAGAGGAACUUAAUUUAUCCAGAAACUUGUUGACCGUUCUUUCUCCCGCUAUAUUUAGAGGCUUGACGAGCCUUAAAAAGCUGUUUUUGAAUGAUAAUCGCUUAAUUAUUCUUCCCGCUUUGUUGUUUGCAGAUAAUUUCAAUUUGAUCUCUAUUAACAUGGAUAGCAACCAUUUUUGUUCUCUACCGGAAAUGCUAUUGCAAAACGUUUCAAAAUUACUGUUUUUCUUUGCUUGCGACUGCAAUAUUCGUGAAUUGCCACCGAAGAUAUUUUCCUCUUGUUAUGACUUAUACAAAGUUCGAAUAUGCGAAAAUCGAAUCGAUCGUUUACACCCUGAUUUGUUUGAAAAUAACCGGUAUAUUGAACGAAUAGAUUUAGAGAAAAACCGGUUACACGAAUUACCUUCCAACGUGUUCCGUAAUAACAAACGGCUGUCGAGACUGGAUUUAGGCAAUAAUCUUCUGACCAGAAUUCCUUUCGAAGUGUUUGACGACAUUCAAAAUAUUGAAGCAUUGUCUUUAACAGGAAACAGAAUAACAAAGGUAGAAGAGGGAAAGUUUGAAAUUUUGAAAAAUCUAAAAGUAUUGUAUCUGGAUAAAAAUCCACUGGGCUCUUUACCGGGACCGGCACCGUUCGGAAGACUGCCACGUUUGACAUCCUUGGGGCUUUCCAUUACCUCCUUCACAGAGUUUCCUCGAAUGGACUGGAGCGCGUAUAACAUCUCGCUGCUCAGACUGAAUGACAAUCGCCUGUCGAUUCUUCGCACCGAAGACCUCCCUCCAGAUAAUCGCUCUGUAAUUUUAUUGAUGGACAAUAGCAUCACUACAGUCACGGGAAAAAUCACCAGGAAUAUGAAUAACGUCUUUCUCUUUGGAAACCCCUUCCGGUGUGACUGCGCUUUGAGGAAUUUCGUCGAAGAAGUUCAGUUUUCGGAAAACGGUCGAUCGCUGCUCUGCGAGUCUCCUUCUGACUUGAGGAACAAGACUUUCCAGGAAUUGGUUCCUUCCUACGUGUUGUGUCCCAUUGUAGAACAUUGCCCACAGAACUGUCUCUGUUACUUAUAUAAAGGCUUUUCGGUGAUAGUAAAUUGUUCCUUCUCCAAUAUUUCCCACGCUCCUGCAAUACUUCCCGAAAACACCACAAUCGUUCACCUGGAACACAACUCUCUUUCCGCAAUAAAAAUUACAGACAGUUGGUCAGGAGUGGAUGAACUGUACUUGGACCACAAUCGUUUAAAUCCCUCCGAGCAUUGGAGGUUUCCUUCUUCGUUGAAAGUUCUCUCUCUUCGAUACAACGGUCUACAAGAUUUUCCUGGAAAAUUUUUGCAAUACGUAAGCGAUUCUUCUUAUAUUCGAGUGGACAUUAGAAACAACGCAUUUUGGUGCAAUUGUUCUUUCAAACCCUUCAAACUGUGGUUGAAUCGCAACGUUCAUAAGAUAGUGGAAGCCGAAGAAGUGAAGUGCAGAAGAUUAUUGUCUGAGAACAACACCGUUGUCGUGUCUUCCAUAUUGAAUUUUCCGGACGAUGCGUUUUGUUUGCCUCCUUCUAUCGUAACGAACGUUCCUAUAAUCGUUUCCGGUUCCGUUGUCUGUCUGCUAGGAAUAUUAACAAUGGUGUUCGCUUUCUUUUUUCUGAAGUACAGAAACACCAUCUUGGCUUACGUGUACGUGCAUUUUCCUUUGUUGUACUGCUGCAAGAUUUCCGAACUGGACAAAGAUAAGGCGUUCGAUGCCUUCAUUUCUUACUCCGGCAGCGACAGGGACAUCGUCAUGUGUUUGUUGAAGGAACUGGAAGAUAAUGUUCCAUUCUUUAAGCUGUGUAUCCACGAGCGCGAUUGGGUACCCGGUUAUGACGUAAUAUGUCAAAUAGAAGCUUCGAUUAGAAACAGCAAGAAGACGAUAUUGCUCCUGUCCGAGGAAUUCUUCAACAGCGUGUGGUGUCAAGCGGAGUUUCAAGCGGCCUUGGUACAGUCUUUGGAGGAUAAGAUGGAAAGGAUAAUUUUCGUAUUGAAGGAUACUUCGGUGUGCGACGUAGUUCCCGCGGACAUGCGCGAGUUGCUACUUAGCAAGACCUACCUGGUGUGGGGAGAAAGAUGGUUUUGGGAAAAGUUGAGAUACGCCUUACCACGUUACUCGACUGAUAAACCGUUACAUCAUCAAGUUCACGAUGUGGAUAGAAUUAUCUCAAAAUUAAGAAGCGAAAGUAAUGCCUCGGAAAUAAAAGUGAAAAACCUGUUGAACCUGCUGUUGUGUAUCGCUUUGGCUCAGUGUUGCACCGAAUUCUUGAGCAGAUGGAAAAAUGUCCCGUGUCCCAGGUUUUUUCUACGGGUCACCAGAACCGAUUGUCUUCUAAGCGAAAACGUUUUCGUCGUUGUUAACGUCGGCUUUCUUUUUAUCGAUUGCUACGGGGCGGAACCCGAUCGUCGGAUAUUCCGUUGUUUGCAACAGAAAGAAGACGUUGUUUUAAAAAUGCGCAAUUGUUAUUUUCGGAAUUUUAGUUUGAGUGAAUUUUUAUCUGGACUCGUCAUACGCAAUUUGCAAAUUGCAUUUACCACAAUCGAACCGAAUUAUCAAACUUUGCACUUUGAAAACUUGCCAUUUGUCACAAACGUAUCCCUGUAUGGAAUAAGAACUGGAGGAUCAUUCGACCUGACGUUCGAUUCUCAACCCAUCAUCCACGCAUUACUAAUAAACCAUUACAAUUUCACUUCCUUUACUCGGCCACCAUUUAAAAACUUGACAAAUCUUCCAAUUUUGAGAAUAGUAAAUGGAACUCUUCAGCAUGUUCAGGUGGAGCUACUCCAAGAGUUGAGAAAUCUCAGAAUACUCAGCUUGUACAAUAACAGAAUAAAAGAGAUUCCACGCGGAUUCUUUAAAAAUCUCACAUUGUUAACGUAUUUAGAUUUAUCCGAUAAUCACAUCGAGAACUUCUCGGAAGACAUCUUUUCCGAUCUCUUCAGCCUAGAAAUACUUCGGAUCAAAAACAAUAAACUGACGGUUCUUCCGGAAAAUCUGCUCUCCUCCCUCACUCAGUUAAUCGGUCUCGAAAUGAGUGGAAAUACAGGAAUAAAAAACUUACCCAAAGGAUUCUUAAGAGGCUUGACACGCUUAGAACAUCUUCGGGCAUCCAGAUGCUCUUUGGAACGUCUGGAGGAAUCUUUAUUUUCAGACACCACCUUUUUGAUAGAAUGCUUGCUAGAUUUUAAUAACAUUACACGUCUACCGGAAGCACUGUUUAAUAACACGGAACAUUUGAGUCGUUUGUCGAUGACUGGAAAUAAAUUAUCGUCUUUGCCACCGCGUGUAUUUUCCAACUUAAAGAGACUCGGAUCAUUAGACUUAUCGUACAACAGACUGAACCAUUUACAUAAAGAUAUCUUCAAGCGCUUAUCAACACUGGCAGUGUUGCGGUUAUCCGAUAACGAUUUGUCCUCCUUGCACGAUGAUACACUUCUACCUCUUUCGAAUUUGAAGAUCAUCGACCUAUCAAAUAACAACUUUGAAUGUUUAUCCGCAAAAUAUCCUUUUAGUUCUAGCAAUCAUUUGGAAAGUCUAAACAUCAGCAACUCGAAUCUGAAGACUUUUCCUAAUAUUGAUUGGUCGAAUAACAACCUGACUGAAGUCGAUCUAUCCCACAAUCAAUUUCAAGAAGUCACUCUACCCGUGUUUACAAGAAACCACACCAAAAUAUUGCUCAACCACAACAACAUCUCCACUAUCUACAUUGACUAUCGACGACAUUCUAACAGUUAUCCAGUGUAUAACGUUACUGGAAACGUCAUCGAGUGCGAUUGUCGAAUCAGACAAUUCUUGCGAUUUCUUCACUCUGACGAAAACGCCGUCCGCAUUUUCCCAGAUUCCAAUAUCCUGAGAUGCAAUGGACGAUCCAAAAGGAAACUAACAGAAAUCUGGCCAAUUUACAGUGUCUGUCCGCGGAAAGAGGAAUGUCCUUUGUUUUGCAAGUGUUACCUGACACUAGAAGGACAAAGUACAAUCGAUUGUUCUCGUAGAAGUUUAUCUUAUCCGCCCGCGAGUCUUCCCGUCAAUUCAACAUUUGUCAAUCUGAACAACAACCACAUUGUAAAUCUGUCCGAACUGAAUGGGACUACGUGGGAAAACGUCACCCAUUUGUAUCUUAGUAACAAUUCUCUGACGUCACUGAACGAUUGGGUCGUUCCGGAAAAUCUCCGCUAUUUGGCUCUGGAUGGAAACAAGCUGUCGGAUUUGCCCCCUUCUCUGAUGAAGCGCGUGGAAGAUUCGUCAAACUUCAGCAUCUUUCUCUCCAGAAACGAGUGGAAAUGCGAUUGUCACUCUGUCCAUUUCAAGAAGUGGUUUACGCGGAAUUUGCUUAAGAUCCGUGAUUCCGAGAACGUAACCUGCCAGAGAGUCAAUAGAGUUAACAAUUCCGUAACACACGAGCUAAUUGAAAGUAUACCGCUGGAUGUGUUUUGUCUAAAGAAACCGGUGUGGCCUUUAUGGCAAGUAAUAGUUCUUACAGUUUCGGUAGCGUUUGUAUUGACGUCAUCAGUUCUCGUAGUUGUCUGUUACCAUUACAGACUCGCUAUAUUGGCCUUUCUGUACAGUCGAGACGUGUACUUGCCCUGUUGCUACAGGAUCCUCGACGACGAUGAAAAGAAGUACGACGCUUUUGUGUGUUAUAAUAGUUCCGAUUCUAUCUUAACCAUGGAGAUGGUGGAUCGACUGGAACCCACUUAUCGCCUUUGUGUUCACGAACGUGAUUGGUUGGCGGGUAACGCUAUUAGCGAGAACAUCGUGUAUUCCGUGCUUAACAGUAGAAGGACGGUGAUAUUAUUGUCUCGACAGUUCCUGGACAGCAUGUGGUUCAGUGUGGAGUUUCGCGUGGCUUACAACAGGAUGAUGGAAGACCAAGCUUAUCGUUUG